UUUUCAAACAUGGUUCCUCAUUCCUUGUAGUAGUUGUUAGAAUUAUAGCAACUUCAAAAAUUCAAAGUUUCCGAUUAUUAAUUUUGUAUUCGUUGAUUAUGCUUAGAAUUUGAAGUAAACUUUUUCCAAAGUGUGAUGUUGAGGAAUCGUGGUCUGUUCUGGUGUUAGGAAUUAUUACUGUUCAAAAUUCAAAUAUUCAAAAUCUUCAAUCUCGAAAAUUACAUUCAUAAUCAACGGUUUUAUUGUGUAUUGUGAUAAUUUUUUGCCACACUGUAUUUUUCAUUUAUAUUGUAUUUCCGUUCUCCGCAAUAUGAAUUCUAUGUCGAAUGUUGAAAAUUUAUCUCCUCAAAUAAUUCGAGGCAUUAUCAAGGAGCUUCACGAGUUGACUGAUAAUCCACCUGAAGGAAUUAGAGUAAUCUUGAACGAAGCUGACAUUUCAGACAUUCAAGCUUUUGUCGAAGGACCUGCUGGAACGCCUUAUGCAGGAGGAACAUUCAAGAUCAAGUUAUGUUUAGGCAAAGAAUUCCCUAUUGGACCUCCCAAAGCAUACUUCGUGACCAAAGUUUUCCAUCCGAAUGUCGCUAAAAAUGGAGAAAUAUGUGUGAACACACUCAAGAAAGAUUGGAAACCAAAUCUCGGUCUGAAACACAUUCUGCUGACUAUAAAAUGCUUGCUGAUAGUUCCUAAUGCCGAAUCAGCCUUAAAUGAAGAAGCCGGUAAACUUUUGUUGGAAAAUUACGAAGAAUACUAUAAACGAGCUUCUAUGAUGACUGAAAUUCAUGCACCGAGCAUCAAGUGUAGCAAAAUCAAUAGAGACUCGUGUUCAGAUGCUUCUACAGCCAAAAAGUACUCUUCUAUGGGUGUGCCUAAAAGUUCAAACGUUGAAAAACCAAAAUUGCUUAAAGAUAAAAAGAGAACUUUAAAAAGAUUAUGAUGUUUUCAUAUUUAAUAAUUUAUUGUGUUUUAUUGCGUGUAAUGUCAUGGCUUGUAAAAAUGUGUACUUUCUGUAAUUUUUCCCGUAUUGUAAAACGUGUAAGAAAUAAGUUUGUAUCAAGUCAUUAUUUAAUGUGCUAUUUUUUGGUGUUUUCCGUUUUCUCGUAUUGAAAAUUCACAAAUAUGCUGCAAUCGUGUUACUUUUUAAAAAUACAAACUGAUGUGCGAUCUUUUAA